ACAUACGUAUGUACGUACUGACCAAAUAUACCUAAGAAACUCCUCUGCAUAUAUACGUACGCGCUGGCCUAGAAUUAGAAACCAACAUCAUCAAUUCACCAUGGCGAAGAUGGCAAGGUCGACGAGGAGGACGUCUAAUCUCAUUUGCACCCUGCUCCUGCUCUCGCUGCUGCUGCUUACCUGCUUAUUCCAGCAGGCCAGCGGCCAUGGCGGCGUCGACCACGGUGACGGCGAUGAGGACGAAGAUGCCCACCACGGCGACGCUGGCGUUGGCGGCGGCGGGCUCCGGUCCAGGGGCCUCAUCGCCGUGAAGGUGUGGUGCCUGGUGAUCCUGCUGGUGUUCACCUUCCUGGGUGGCGUGUCCCCCUACUUCUACCGCUGGAACGAGGCCUUCCUCCUCCUCGGCACCCAGUUCGCCGCCGGCAUCUUCCUCGGCACCGCGCUCAUGCACUUCCUCGCCGGCUCCACCUCCACUUUCAACGCGCUCACCCACAGCCCCUACCCCUUCUCCUUCAUGCUCGCCUGCGCCGGCUUCCUCCUCACCAUGCUCAGCGACGUUGCCAUCGUCGCAGUCGCCAACAGGCAGAGGGUCAACCAGGCGGCGCCCAUCCAGAAAGAGGCCGAGGAGGAGGGCGAGUCGGCGUCGGCAGCGGCGCACGCGCACCCGAUGCUCAUGACAGCGACGUCGUCAUUCGAGGAUGCGAUCCUCCUCAUCGUCGCGCUCUGCUUCCACUCCAUCUUCGAGGGGAUCGCCAUAGGCGUUUCAGCGACGAAGGGUGAGGCAUGGAGGAACCUAUGGACGAUCGGGCUCCACAAGAUCUUUGCGGCGGUGGCCAUGGGCAUUGCACUCCUGCGAAUGAUCCCCAAGCGUCCGUUCCUCAUGACGGUGCUCUACUCGCUGGCCUUCGCCGUGUCAAGCCCGGUUGGGGUGGGCAUUGGUAUCGCCAUCGACGCCACGGCGGAGGGCCCGGCCGCGGACUGGACAUAUGCCAUCUCCAUGGGGAUCGCCACGGGGGUCUUCGUCUACGUCGCCAUCAACCACCUCAUGGCCAAGGGGUACCGCCCGCAGCAGCCAAACUACUUCGACAAGCCCAUCUUCAAGUUCCUCGGCGUGCUUACCGGCAUAGCCGUCAUGUCUGUCGUCAUGAUAUGGGACUGAUUUAUCCAUCCGUUAAAUCAAGAGGGUGCUUUGAUUUGAUUAUUCACAUGCACAGUGUGCUUAAUUUCAUUUGGGUUUUGUGUGGGGCAGUGUGCACAUAUGUACUUAUCUGGUUUACUUACAUUUGAACAUGUUUGGAUUGUUUGUGUGAAUGUGUGAUCAUUUGGAAAAUGAGGAGAUGAAUAAUUAGUUACAACAUUUUUUAA